AUGCCAUACGGAACAUAUAACGAUGAUUCAAAGAGGAAGAGGAGGUAUGUAAUUAUCUCCGUCUCCUCUGUUCUUCUGGUCUCAAUGGUUGUCGCCGUUACCAUCGGCGUUAGCGUCAAUAAUAGCGAUAACGGAAGUACCGAAGAAAUCAAGGCUUCUGUUAAAGCCAUAAAAGACGUUUGCGCGCCAACGGAUUACAAGAAGACUUGCGAGGAUACACUGAGGAAGGAUGCGAAAGACACAUCGGACCCGUUGGAGCUUGUGAAGACAGCGUUUAACGUGACGAUGAAGCAAAUAACUGACGUGAUGAAGAAGUCACAGACUAUGAUUGAGCUUCAAAAGGAUCCUAGGGCAAAGAUGGCCUUGGAUCAAUGCAAGGAGCUAAUGGAUUACGCGAUCGGUGAGCUUAGCAACUCCUUUGAGGAACUGGGGAAGUUCGAGCUUUAUAAGGUUGACGAGGCGUUGAUCAAACUAAAAGUUUGGCUCAGCGCCACGAUUACACAUGAGCAAACUUGUAUUGAUGGGUUUCAAGGGACAGAAGGUGAAGCAGGCGAGACGAUGAAGAAAGCAUUGAAAACCGCCAUGCAGCUAACGCAUAACGGUCUUGCAAUGGUCGACGAAAUGUCCAACUACUUGGGGCAGAUACAGUUUCCGGAGAUGACUAGUCGCCGGCUGCUGUCGCAAGAGUUCCCUUCGUGGGUGGAUGGUCGGGCUCGUAGGCUCAUGACCGCUUCAUUGUCUGAGGUCAAACCAGAUAUGGUGGUGGCUCAGGACGGAAGUGGCCAGUACAAGACAAUCAGCGAGGCAUUGGAAAAUGUUCCGAAGAAGCAAAACGCGACUUUUGUGGUUCACAUUAAGGCCGGAAUCUAUAAAGAAUUUGUUCAAGUGAACAGGACCAUGCCAGAUCUUGUUUUCAUCGGCGAUGGCACUGACAAAACCGUCAUUACCGGUAGCAAAAGUUUCAAGGACGGUAUUACAACCUACCGUACAGCCACCGUUGCAAUCGUUGGAGACCGCUUCAUUGCCAAGAACAUGGCGUUCGAGAACACAGCCGGGGCGAUAAAGCAUCAAGCGGUUGGGAUUAGGGUUUUAUCAGAUAUGUCGAUAUUCCACAAUUGCAGAUUCGAUGGUUACCAAGACACUCUCUACGCACAUUCCCACCGUCAGUUUUACCGUGAUUGUACCAUCUCUGGCACCAUCGAUUUCCUCUUUGGAGACGCAGCUGCGGUUUUCCAAAACUGCACUUUCUUGGUGCGUAAGCCACUCGACAACCAGGCAUGCCCCAUCACCGCCCAUGGACGUAAAGAUCCGAGAGAAUCCACCGGAUUCGUGCUCCAAGGCUGUACAAUUGCUGGCGAACCGGAUUACUUGGCAGUCAAGGAAACUAGCAAAGCGUAUCUUGGAAGGCCAUGGAAAGAGUUUUCAAAAACUAUCAUCAUGAACAGUUACAUCCCUGAUUUUGUUUCGCCGGAAGGAUGGCAGCCGUGGAACGGCAAUUUCGGCCUUGACACGCUCUUCUACUCGGAGGUGAGGAACACUGGACCGGGUGCACCAGUCGCGAACCGGGUUACUUGGAAGGGAAUCAAGAAGUUGACUGAAGAAGAAAUCAUUGGAUUCACUCCAGCUCAAUACAUUCAAGGUGACGAAUGGAUUCCCGGUAAAGGUGUUCCAUACACCCCCGGUCUUUUCGGCGUCAACGGCACUGACGAGGCUUCCUCCAAUUCCACAUUUACCGGACCACCAGGGUCGGCAAAUUCUACCGGUCCUGGUUCUAACACAACAGGGUCACCUUCUGCUUCUCCAGCCGCUGCUCCAGCUCCAGGAGCAUCUAACACAACAGGUUCCGGUUCUAACACAACAGGGUCACCUUCAGUUUCUCCAUCAGCUUCACCUUCAGCUCCUCUCUCAGCUUCGAGUUUAACUUCUUCUUCAGAUUCACCUUCGGCUUCUCCAGAAACUACAACUUCACCUUCGUCUUCUCCUUCAACUGCAACUUCACCUUCAGCUUCACCUUCGUCUUCUCCUUCAACCACAACUUCACCUACAGCUUCACCUUCGGCUUCUCCAGAAACUACAGCUUCACCUUCAACUUCACCUGCAGCUGCUCCAGAAAGCUCGGUGUAG